AUGGCUGGAUCUCGACGCCGCCCUUUCCGCACCCGUGGGAGCUGGAUCCAGCGGGUUAGGCGCUCCACGCAUCGAGGUGCGAAGCUGGCCAGCAACAACAGCGAUGGGAGCCCCGAGCGCCCAGUUAAGGUGUUGGUCAUCGGUGCCAAUGCGGGCGGCGGCGCUGAUGGGAGCCCCAUGUGCGUCCCUGUGUUUGGGGGCGACGAUGGAAUCCCAAGAUCCGUCGACAAGAUUGGGGAAGGCGAUGUCCCCAACAUGUGCGACGGGAUUGGGGAAGGCGGCGCGAGCUCCGUGCCUGUCCUCAAGAUGUGCAACGAGAUUGGGGAAGGCGGCACGAGAUCCGUGCCUAUCCCCAAGAUGUGCGACGGUGGUACAAGACAGAAGGAACCCGUGAAGCUGGGGCCGAUGGCGGUGACGGGAGCCCAGAGCACGUCCUCAAUAUUGGGCGUAGUCGCCAUCGCGUCGAUCACCUUGGCCAGUUGUGAUGUUGAUGGGCGCUACAACUGUGGACGUGCAGUGGUGGCGUCUAUAGCCAGCAACAAGUCCGAGAAGAUGACCAUGGCCGCAAAUCCGGUCAUCAAGGCUGCCUUGGUCCAGGCUGCUGUGGACGUCCCUAUGGGGGAUGUCGCCACCGCUGCUAACGAACUACACCUAGAGAUGGUUCAACACUUGAAGGUCAUGUGUGAUGAUGAAAUGAUAUGUACGUAUGCUGGUGUGCAUGGUUUGGUUUGA